AUGCAUCAAUUCUCUGCGCUUGAAAGAUGGAUUGUUCCUACAAGACUCGUUGAGCUGAAGCCAGGGGCGAUCCAAAAACUCGAAAGAGAUGACCUGAAACUUGAGCCGGAUACAAAUGGUCUGCUCAUGGAGAACGUUUUCAAGGAGUCCGAUUGGCGACAUAUCACUCUUAAUAAGCACAUCAUUCUCAACUUGGGGGCUCGCCGACUUCUCGAAUUGAAGCCAAAAUGGCUGGAACCUGGUUCUGGUCGGAUAUGUCGAAACUGUGCACAUUUAAUCUCUAAAGGCGAAAAUUUCAUUGCAUGUUCGUUACAACUUUUAAGCAAAGACGGGAUACGUAAAUGGUGUGAAGCGGUCGAACGCGAGGCUCAGGACAGGGGGUAUCCGUCUUUGUCAAUUGAGGACGCGAUUCAAGCAAACAUCCUCUUGUUUCAGACCCUUGCUUCGAUGCAGGCUCGUUAUCCAAAUGUUCAUCAGAAACUAAUAUCUCUGACAAGCGAGGUGGAUGUUGACGAUCAACUUUGUGAAACCAUGACACAGAAAGAGUCCGCGUAA